GAUAUGGUAUGUUAUUUAAUUACACAGUACAUUCUCAACACCAGUGUUUAUCCAAGGGAGCCUCAUCCUCUAAAAGAACUCCGCCACUUGACUGAAAAUCAUCCCAGGAGCUAUAUGGCAAUAUCAGCUGAUGAAGGGCAGCUCUUGAACAUGCUUUUAAAGCUCAUGAAUGCCAAGAAUACAAUGGAAAUUGGUGUUUACACAGGAUAUUCCCUUCUCACAACCGCCCUUGCUUUACCGGAUGAUGGAAAAAUAUUAGCAAUGGACAUAAACAGAGAGUAUUACGACAUUGGUUUUCCCAUAAUAGAAAAGGCUGGUGUGGCUCAUAAAAUCGACUUCAGGGAAGGUCCUGCUCUCCCUGUUCUCGACCAAUUGGUCUCCGAUGAAAAGAAUCAUGGAUCGUUUGACUUCAUUUUUGUCGAUGCUGACAAGAACAACUACCUUAAUUAUCAUAAGAGGGUUAUUGAGCUUGUGAAGGUUGGGGGAGUCAUUGGUUAUGAUAACACUUUGUGGUAUGGUACUGUGGUGGAGUCGCCAAAUGAUGAACCACCCAGUUCGGAUGAUGAUAUCAUUCGUAUUUUUCGCGAUGCUGUGCGUGAACUCAACAAGAUGUUGGUAGUUGAUAAGAGGAUUGAGAUUUGCCAACUUCCAGUGGGCGAUGGAAUUACAUUGUGUCGCCGUCUUGCCUGAUCAUUAUUUGUUGAGUUUCUAAUAAUUAACUUUUCUUUUUAUUGUCGAGUUCUGAAUAAAUGUGCGUGGUGUGUGAGGAUUUGAAUCUCAUGGUUUAUGUUCUCUUUAUUAAUGUUUUUUAAUUAUUUUCAUGUAUUGGAUGUUACGCUUAUUUCUUAAUUAUUUGUUUUUUCUUAAUAUUUGUGUUUUGAUUAAAUAUGUUGCAACUUAUUUCACUAACAAAUAAUGGUUUUGCAAUUAAAGUAAUUGU